CGUGAGCAGGGGCCAAAGCUCCCAGCGCUUGGUGGCCGGGAUGCAGAUGCAGGCGGUUCUGGCGGCCGCCCAUGCAGGCGGGCUUGGCCCGAGUUCAGGGGGACCCGCCAGCUGGGCCCCUCCUCCCGCAAUCGGAGGCUGGGACCGCUGGCCACAGGCAGCUGGUUGAAAAGUCCAGGUUUUGUCUUGGGACUGACCUGAGGUGGCCACCCCCUGCCGGGUCUGGUUCCUCCCACCCUGACGGGACAGAUGGGCUUGGGCCCAGGCAGGAGCCAGACUUAGCUACCCAGGUUGGUCUGGCUCUGAGCCUGAGGUCUGAGCGGUGCUUACAGCUUCUGCCAGGGCACCUUCCACCUCCUACCCCACUGGCCCGGGGGCGCCUCAGAGGAGUCAUGGGCCCCAGAAGCCUCUGGGGAAGGAGUGCCAGCCCCCGGCUGUGCGGCCUCCUGCUCGUGGCCGCGUGUCUGGGCUUCUACAGCAAUGUUUUCAGCCUGAUUCCCGGAAGGAGGCAGAUAGGAGAGUCUCAAAGCAGCACCGAGGGCGGCCACCUGCAGGGCCAAGCGGAGGUCCUGCCAUUGAGCCCAGACAGCCAUGGCGGGGCCCCACAGGGGGUGCUGGAGGAAACGACGACGCAGUGGAGUGAGAGGGACUGCCCCCCGGACACCUGCAGAGUGCCUGAAGUCCCCAGGAUGGUUUACCCCAAGGCCCAGCUCCUCAAGCCUGGGAGGACGGACGUGCUGGUCAUGACCCCCUGGUUUGCUCCGGUCAUCUGGGAGGGGGUCUUUGACUCUGCCAUUCUGGACGCGCAAUUCAGGAACGCCACCAUUGGACUGACCGUGUUCGCCAUCAAAAAGUACGUGGUCUUCCUGGAGCUGUUCCUGCGGACGGCGGAGAAGCACUUCAUGCUGGGACACAGGGUCACCUACUACGUCUUCACCGACCGGCCGAGCGACGUGCCCCGCGUGCCCCUCGGGGAGGGGAGGCGGCUGGUGGUCCUGGAGGUCCGCAGCUACUCCCGCUGGCAGGACGUGUCCAUGCGCCGCAUGGAGGUGAUCAGCGCCUUCUCCCGGCGGCGCUUCCUCCGCGAGGUGGACUACCUGGUGUGCGUGGACGUGGACAUGGCGUUCCGCGACCGCGUGGGCGCCGAGAUCCUGGCCCCGCUCUUCGGCACGCUGCACCCCGGCUUCUACGCGGCGGCCCGCAGCGCCUUCACCUACGAGCGCCGCCCGCGGUCCCGGGCGCACAUCCCCGCUGACGAGGGCGACUUUUACUACGCGGGGGGCUUCUUCGGGGGCUCGGUGGCCGAGGUCCUGCGGCUCGCCUCGGCCUGUCAGCAGGCGAUGGCGGCCGACCGGGCGGACGGCAUCGAGGCCGUGUGGCACGACGAGAGCCACCUGAACAGGUACCUGCUCUACCGCAAGCCCGCCAAGGUGCUGUCCCCGGAGUACCUGUGGGACGAGCACAUGCUGCGGAGGCCGCCCUUCCUCAGGAAGCUGCGCUUCGUGGCCGUGCCCAAGGACCACGCGGCCAUCCGCCACUGACGCCGCCGGGCGCUCUUCCUCUGGCCAAGGGGCGCCCGAACUGUGCCUCAGUUUCUUCUUCCGGAGAGACCCCUCCGCCCACCAAGCGCCCCGCUCCGGGUUUUCAUCUCUCCCGGAUCCCGCCUUGUGUCUGAGCUCCGCCCUUCGUGGUGCCAGCCAGGCCCCGCCCCCAGCAAGGUCCCCCGGCGCCUGCUCUGCGGCUCUGAAAGCACCCAGCCUGUUCCCUUGUUACACCUGCCGGCCUGCCCACAUUUCCAGCCGGUCUUGCCCAGUGCCGUGUGGGCUCCUGAGCCCAGAGGCUGCGAUUUCUCCACCUUUGUCUCCGUCAGUUCCCGCCACAGGGCCUUGUGCCCGGAGACCCCCAAAACACGUUCACAUUUGAGUUUAGUGACCCGUAAAAACCUGGCACACAGUGGGAGCAGCCCGGCCGGGGACACUUUGGGGGUCUGGUCUGGGUGGGUCGGGGGCUUGUGGCUUUGGGUGGGCGGUCUCUUUCUUCUAGGAUUUCUGGCAGUUUGUUACAUGUUUCUGGUCUUAGUACUUUUCUCCGACACACGUUAAAAACGCCUGCUUCCAGUUUUUUAUGUUGCCACUUCAACUCCUUCAAGGUAGGCAAAUUUAAGAGAUCGCCCCUGCUUCAAAAUCAUGAAGGUAGUCCCUUCCGUGAGCUUCCGAAGGCGGUUUUCGCCUCACGCUUCAGACGUUAAUCUACCGAAAGUGACUUGUGUGUGCUUUCAGUGUGAGCGUUGGAUUUAGUUUUGCUUUCUCUGGAUAACCAUUCCCCGAGCACUGCUUCUGGAUCACAUGCUUGAAAACCUACCGGAAAGUUCUUUUCCCGGACGUGCAGUCUCAUUGGCCUCAUUCUGUCAGCUGUCCUGUGCCCGGGUCCUUUGGGGCUCUCUAUUCUGUUCCAUUUGCCGCGGUUUGGGCGUGGUGGGGUCUGGAGACGUCUUUGGUGCUGAAAGGUAUUUUAUUAAAGUGCAGGAGCAGGGCCCGUGGGCAGACGAGCCGCACCGAGGUCGUGAGGAGUGACUGGUUAGAUACUGUGGAGUUGGGGGAGGUCGAGGCAAGAGGGAGGGCCCCAGAAAGACUUUCCCAGGCCACCUCGGACCCGUAGGACACCUGAGGCCUGGCUAGCGUCACGCCAAGGCUGCCUCUCCUGUGGUAAGGCGGUAGCGAGCUCCCGGAGGCAUGUGCUGCUCUGCCUGCUUCCGGAAGCUGCAGGAUAGAAGGAAACUUACUGCUCCUUGCACUUCCCUCUGGCCUGUGCCCCCACGUCGCUGCAGGGGGGGGGGUGCUGGGGCUCCAGGAAACUGAGUCUGUGAGUUUCUGGAGGUUAAGCUGUUGAGAAGAUUACCUUUUUCAGGCGCCCGGGGGGCUCAGGUCAGUCAACCUUCUGACUUCAGCUCAGGUUAUGGUCUCACAGUUCGUGGG